AUGUCUUCAGGACAAACUUAUACAGAUAAGGAUGCCUUUUUCGUUGAUUCAUUCGACAAUAUUAAAAUUGAAGUCUUACAUUAUCCUCCCGCUAAUAUAAUAUCUAAUUAUCCACCAAUUAUAUUCAUUCAUGGAGCAGCUAUCGCGGCUUGGGCUUGGGAUAAUUUUUGUCGCUUGUUCUCAAAUAAAGGACAUGAUUGUUACGCUAUGAGUUUUCGAGGGCAUGGACAAAGUACGAAGACUCCAAAAAAGGAUAAAUGGUGGUCAUUAAAUGUAAUUACAAAUGAUGUAUCAGCCGUAACUGAUGCAAUAAUUGCUCGGACCGGAUAUAAACCUGUUCUCGUUGGUCAUUCACUUGGAGGUGGUGUUGUUCAAAAUUAUCUUAAAGAUAAUCAGCAGAAGGCACUUUCAAAUUCACUCUUAACAGUUUCAAAUGCUCCAAUUCUUGCUGUCCUUAAAGCGAUUUUUACAUUAGAACCGUAUGCAAUAAUUGAAAGUCCUAAAUAUGUGAAGAGAGCUACCCUUUCUAAAGCAUUCCCUGAUUCUAUGACCAGAAAACUUCAACCAAAGCUUGAGAAGGCUAGUUUUGUCACUGGAAUGUUUGAACUUCUUAAGCCUUUUGUUGAUCCUUCAAUAAUUAAAUGUCCUAUGAUUGUGAUUGGCGCCGAAGAAGAUAAAAUAUUUGAUAUAAAAGGUAUAAGUAUAAAAGAAACUGCUGAAGCUUAUGGUGUUGAGUUUGAUAUUAUUGGUGCUGCUUCACACAGUAUUAUGCUGGACCUUACAUGGGAGGAUGCUGCCGAUGUUAUUUUUAAUAGGAUCCAAGAAAAAAUUGUAAAGAUAUAA